GAAAUGUGAGGGCCUUGGUGUACGGGAAGGGACCUCAGGCAAGCAAAGGAAGUAGUCUCACAAAUUAGGGAAACCUUUUCCCUCAGAACUGAGACUCAUAUACAAUCCUGCCUUUGCUGGAAAUCCUCAGAUACCUGGGCAUUGUUGACAUAAUGUGACAUAGUCACUUCACCCUAGGGUGUCACAAAGAGGUGAGAGACUUGGUAUAAGGGGUAUGGCUAAAGUGAUAGCAGUGGAAAGCUUUCUUGGUGUUUCCAGAGGCUGAAGUGAAUACCCUGAGGACAAAAGGAGCCACGUACCCCUAAUAGUAGGAGCAUGAUAGUGUUAAUUUCUUAGGAGACCAAGGACAGGUAUGGUCAGGUUUUCCAAAGGAUAGGCUGACUAGGUGGAGGGGAGCCCUGUGGAUUUGUAGCGAAGUGCCCUUGAGGAAAACUGCAAAUGUAGCCUCCUUCACAUACCACCAGCCAAGGUGCUAUUUCCCUGCUGAAGGUGACAUCCUGUCGAUGUUCCUCAUCACUUUCUCUCCUACUCACAUUCUGACCAUUGUCCCUGAUCAUACUCAGUAUGCCUCGGGGUCAGAAGAGUAAGCACCGCACUCGCACUCGCACUCACACUCGUGAGAAACGCCACCAGUCUCAUGGUGACUCCCAGAGUAACGAGGGAGUUCAGAGCCCUGAAGCACAGGAAGAGUCCCCCAUCUCCUCUUCUCCUGCUUUGGAGGGGAAUACCCAGAGUUUAUCAGCUCCUGAGUCAACUAGCACUUUCCAGGAGUCUUGCAGAGCCUCAUCUACCACCAUUAUUACUUCUGAUAUUUCUGGUACAAGAUCUGAUGAAGGUGAGAACAGUCAAGAUGAGGAAAAUCUCUAUUUCUCUGAGCCCUUACCUUCUAGUGAGAGCGAAUGCCUUGAUAUUCUAACUAUGAAAGUGAGUUUGUUGGAACAGUUUCUUCUGUAUAGAUAUAAAAUGAAACAACCCAUCAUGAAGGAAGAUAUACUGAAUAUUAUUGGCCAAAAUUACAAAGACCAUUAUUCUGAGAUCCUUAAGCAAGCCUCUGAGCACAUAGAGAUUAUCUUCGCAGUCGACUUGAAAGAAAUUGAUUCAACCGGCCACUCUUACGACCUGGUCAGCAAAGUGAAGCUACCCAACAAUGGGAGGGUGCGUGCUGGCAGGGGGUUACCCAAGACCGGCCUGCUCAUGACAGUCCUGGGUGUGAUCUUCAUGAAGGGCAACUGCGCUGCUGAGGAAGACAUCUGGAAGUUCCUGGGUAUGAUGCGAGUAUAUGCCGGGAGGAAGCACUUCAUCUACGGAGAGCCCAGGAAGCUCAUCACCAAAGACUUGGUGAGGCUGCAGUACCUAGAGUACCGCCAGGUGUCUAACAGUGAUCCUCCACGCUAUGAGCUACUGUGGGGUCCGAAAGCUCAAGCUGAAACCAGCAAGAUGCAAGUCCUGGAAUUUUUAGCCAAGGUUAGUGAUACAGUUCCCAGUGCUUUCUCAACAAGAUAUGAAGAAGCUCUGCGAGAUGAGGAAGAGAGAGUCCAAGCCAGGCGUUCGGCCAGGCACUACUGCUACAGCCAGUAUGUGUUAUAGGGGCACAUCCAGCAGCUUUUCUCGCCUCUACUGAUACCUGAGGGUUUUUUCCCAAUCAUCUAAGGAAAAUAUGACAUCACAAUAGGGAUUUUCAUGGAUAUGUGAAAGAAUCCCAUUUACUGCAACAAUGGAAUAUAAAAAAAUAAUAAAACAGGGUCAGCUUUGA